GUUAUUCUUAAUUAAAUUAUUCUUAAUUAAGUAGUUCCAAACUCUGAACUCUUCAUCACAAAAAUAUCUCAAUUCUCUGUCUAAUCAGCUUCAAUGGCUGCACUGAGUUCAGUUCCAUUGACCCAUGUGCCUUUUUCCAUAUCUAACCUUCAACUUCCAAGAAUUAACAGAAGAUUGCCUACUAUACUUGCAUCAUCAUCAUCAUCAGCUAUGCCUUCUCAUGAAUCAUCAUCAUCCACACAAAGUGGAAGUCUACCAUCCGCACCAAAAUUGCCCCUUGUUGAGUCCUCUAAAACCCCUGAAAAUGGAUUCAACCAUGCUUUGGCAAAUUCCAAGGGGAAUCCAGUUGUUAGAUUUGUUCAGCAUACUGAGUCAACUAUUGAAAGGGCGAUAUUUGAUUUUCGUUUUCUGGCACUCCUUGCUGUUGGAGGUUCAUUGGCUGGUUCUCUGCUUUGCUUCCUCAAUGGUUGUGUCUACAUUGUUGACGCUUACAAGGUUUAUUGGACGAGCUGUGUCAAAGGAAUUCAUACAGGACAAAUGGUUCUACGAUUGGUUGAAGCUAUAGAUGUUUAUCUUGCUGGGACCGUGAUGUUAAUAUUUGGGAUGGGGUUGUACGGGUUGUUCAUAACUAAUGUCUCUCCUGAUGUGAAUCCAGCCGCCGACCGUGCCCUCAAGCAGUCUUCCUUGUUUGGGAUGUUUGCUCUAAAGGAGAGGCCAAAAUGGAUGAAGAUCAGUUCGCUUGAUGAACUGAAAACCAAAGUGGGACAUGUUAUUGUCAUGAUCCUUCUUGUCAAGAUGUUUGAGAGGAGCAAGAUGGUCACUAUAGCCACUGGUACUGAUCUGUUAAGCUACUCCGUCUGUAUCUUCUUGUCUUCUGCUUCCUUGUAUAUUCUUCAUAAUCUGCACAAAGAAUAAUGCUUGACAUGUACCAUAGUGAUAUAUGUGUAGCCAAGUCAUCAAACCUUUGAAUCUUGCAUGAAAUAUAUAUUUGUUUCUUCUGAA